AGAAACCAGGAAAAGCGUUGUUGGAGAAACUUCAGAUUCAAUACUCAAAACUACAUCAGCUCUGUCGCGGUAAGUAUAUUGUACAGUACAAACAUUGGUUUACGAAAUGUUAGAGAGUGGUCGAUACCAUGAAAGAUUGAGCAAAUAGUAGAUACGCUAUAAAUAUAUUGUAGAUAGAUGUACUUCUUAUUUGUUUUACAUUGAAAUAUCGCUGUUUAGGUGACGGCGGAACAACUUCAGAGAAUGCUAUUGAGUUAGCCCCAUUGGAACACGACUCGUCCUACGCCAAGAAAAGGGUAACAUGAAAAAUGUUUUGUCAGCAUAGUUAACGAUUAUGCAUAUCUUGGAAUUGAUAUUUCUUGUAUUUUGUAGUUGAACAUUGAGGUAGCCAUUCAGGAAGCAUUUCUGAGAUUUAACAUCGCUAUUUUAAAAGGAUAUAGGUAAUUUUGACAUGCCUUUUAUACUGAAAGGUCGCCACAACAGUCCAAUAAACGUUCUAAGGGACCGGUCAUUAUAUAUGAAGGGGGCAGGGGGGCACCGAAGAGAAUGUUGUUCUUUGUAAAAAGUUUGCUGAUCCUAACCAUUAAAUUUUUUUACCCAAUCUCGAAUAUCAAUAAAAAAGUAAAUAUAUACCCACUUCCGGCGAAAAUCCUUACGAAAGGAUACCGUUCAGUUGUCACACAUGUCCUUUACAAACUUUUGUGGCAUGAGUGUGAUAACUGCUUGUGCAAUUUUCUGCAGUCUAAAGUUUCAUGUUGUCUGCACAAGUACUUUCUUUGGAGACAACAUUUGCCUCCUGACAAAUCGGGAAAUGAUCAAGAUAGUGACUCCGAUUGAUUUACAUAAAUUGACGUAUGACUGUUGACAUUGAUUUCGAGUCUUCAAUAUUUGAGUGAGUCAUGCUUUGGAAAUAACAAUAAAUUUUUAUUACCCAACCCUUGAGUUGUUUUGUUUUUCAUUUACCCAACCUUUUACUCAACCAAAAUAUUGUUUACCCAACCCUUUUCUCUUCGGUGCCACCCCCCGUCAUAAAUAAUGACCACUCCUUAAUAAACUUUGUCACAUUUUGUUUUGUCCAGGUCUUACUUAAAGCCUAUACUUGAAGUGUCAAAGAAUAUGACGGAUCUUAGCCAGGAUUCAUUAUUUGAUUUACAAGGUAUCGAUUAUGUAACGUAUUUUAUUGCACAAGUUUCUGAUCAAGUCCAACUUUUUGUCCUCACCAAAUCCAGUGGCCAUUUUCGCCACCAUCUGGGCAAUCUCAUUCUGCCAAACAUUUCUGUGAAGCUUAGUAACAGCCCCAGUGACCUCUAUAUAUCUGGAGAAAGAACUUCAGUCAUUUGGCCCAUGAGAAAAAUGAAACCAAGAUAGCGGCCAUUGACGUCCAAUAGCUAGAAAGAUCGUAAACAGUUUUAAUACCAUUUUUCCCCAGCUAAUUCCAGUUCUUUUUUCUAACGCACCGUAUCGCUAAACAAGUUGUCAGUUCAUAAAAUUAUGGUGUUAUUCUUUUAAUUGAUGUCAAAAUACGAAAUUUCGGCAGACUCCUUGCCUCGUGUUAACUGACGUCCAAUAGCUCUUCAAUUUCUGCCAUCUUUUUUUCCCUUGCUGAGCACCUUAGCAGAUGAAGCUGAAUCCAUUACUGGACCGAAUAAGCAUAAAUGUGUAUGUUAGCUUCGUUGCUACAGGUCCUUGCAAAUUGUAUGCACCACAUUGUGCUCCAAAACUUUAUUAGUACUAUUUUACAAUUCAAUAGUGGUUAUGCACUUUUUUAACUUUUCCAUAUCUGACUUCAGACUACAAUUCCAUGCGUAUGAUAUAUGAUAUCCUUAGUUGUCAGUUGUCAACCCACGUCAUAAACUAACUAAUUGUACAUUACAUUUACAGUCAAAUAGUACAGCUUAACAUGUACAGUAUUAUAACUGUGUGUGUUUUGUUUUCUCUACAGGUUUCUUGAAAUCUCGGCCAAGUUCUUAUCACAAGUUCCUUCAAAUUACCACCAAGACGCAGGUCUGUUUAUUAUUGUGAUCUAGAGUGUAAUAACAUUGUUUAGUAUAAUUACAUAGGUGAUUAUUGAAAAUUCUCCACGCUGAUUGGUUGCCGUUGAGGUGAUUAUUACGCGAUAAUCACCUAAGCGAUUUUCAAAAUGGCGGCCGAAGCCUUUUUGUCAAUUAAAUGACGAAGAGAUGUGUAUUUUUUUUAUUUUUUCCAUAUAAUCACCUAUGAAAUUAUACUAAAACAAUUAUUCACCUCAGGCUCGGUGAUUAUCGUGAAUAAAAACCUCGACUUCGUCUCGGUUUUUAUUCACCGAUAAUCACCUCGCCUUCGGCGAAUAAUUGUUAAGUAUUGCUAGUGUAGGCCUGUAUCUUACAGUAUCAAAGUUUAUGUGAUCACUGCAGUAGGAAUUUUGCAUAGGUAGAUUCUAAGUUUUGAAGGAUUUGGCCAAAAAAUUCCUACCUAGCUUUUGGAAUAUAUACAUACCGACCCUAAUAAAUACCGACCCUACACUUUUUUGUUGGAUCAUGCUGGUUUUGUUGGAUCAUGUAAGUGUUUCCACUUAGAGGAAAAUGUUUGUGGAAAUUUGAAAUUUGAGGCAAUAUUAGGAAAAUUUAUCUUCGGAUGUGGAAGCACUGACUAAACAAAAUGGCGUCCGGUUGUUAGGAACAUUUAAAAAAAGUUAAAACCAACCUACCCUAUACCUAAGUUUUUACAAGAAGAAAUAGAAAACCCACAUUUUUUUGGCCUUUCUAGGAAAUAUUCGAGGGAACUGACUCAGUGUUUAGCACUAAGUCAGUUUCCUCAAACAUUUCUUACAAAUUCUUCAGAACUUAGAAUUUAUCCAUGCAAAAUUCCUACUGUGAUCACAGAAACUUUGAUAUUGUAAACCAGUCUUUACCCACCUGUGAGUGUUGGCCAUUCGUAAUUUAUCAAAUAUUGGAUUAUAGACGAAAUUUUUGUUUACGUUUAUAGUUGUUUUGUCGAUUUAUUGAGCAGCGGUCUUUUGUGUCAUCGCAAGACCGUUACUUAGAAUUCUAUGACGAAUGCUCGGAAAAGGUAGGCGAUUACGCAGAUAUUGAUAUUUCUAUAAAACUCAUUAAGAGGCAAUUUUUUUCAAUGUUUUUGCGAUGAAAAGUGCAUGUUGAAAAACCUAAAUUCUUUUUGGCGUUCCUGUCAUAAAAAAAGUAGUAGAAAAUUGUCAAUUAAAAUACAGUUAUCAACGCCAUGCAUAUUUACAGUAAUAUAAGCUGAACGUCAGAUAUCAUUUUCUCUUUGGCGUACCAUACAGUAAUGAAACUAUAUCUAUCAAUCACUUUAUUGCAUGGUCGUGAAAUAAUAUAAUGAUAUUGGUAGACAAUUAGGUAAACUUACAAUCUGACUUCAUUGUGAUGCGACUGAAGCUAUACAACAUACGGUAUUUUUAUGUAGCCAAACCGAGUGUAUUGGUGUCCGACCGAACUGUAGCUUUUUCCGACGUAAAUCAAAAUGUACCCUAGCCCAGGACUAGAGGCUUGUAUGUUAAAUGGAAAAUCAGAGUACUAUUGUACCGGGUGGCCCAAAAAAAAGUACUCCUGUUUGAUUCGUAAUAACUUCUAAACAAGUAAAGUUUUUAAAGAGAAAUAACUUGCAUUAAAUAGAGGAAGUACUAACUUAGAUUUUGAUAUAUUACAGUUGUAUUUAACUUAAAAAUUCAUCGAGAUAUUAAUGUUAAAAAUGGGGAGCAUAUUUUGGAAAGUGUCUAAAAUUAGCGAAAAUCGGCAUAUCAAAUAUUAACUCCAGCGUUUGUUUGCUUAAUGACAUAUUAGGCUAACUUGUAUUUCAGCGAAUUAUCGUUAAGGUUUGUAAGGGAUAUGGCGUAGAUUUAGACAUCUUACAUGUAAGUCUUAGCUCAUUGUUUCCUGAAAUAUGAACGUUCGAAAUUAUGCAAGUAUUUAAUAUUAGGUCUUUGCAAACUUAAAUGUACAUGAAAGACUGACCAUGGAAGGCAGGCGCUUAAAUUUUUCGUAUUCUUAAAUAGCCUAAUUUUUUAUGUUUUUAAUGGGUUCAAACAGACUGAGUAGAUUAUUUCUCGGUUAGAGCAGGAUGAAUAUUCUUUAUUGAAGGAAAUAAUAUUGCUUUUUGCAAAUACACAUCACCGUAUCAACGCUACUAUUUUGUUACGUUUUGUUCCAAAAAUGUUGCAUGUCUCUGGGGAGUUGCUUAAUUGUUAUGUCUUAUGGAGUUGUAUGGUUUGAUUGUGUUUCAUAUAAUUCUCAGUUUACUCCAUGAACUUGCCAAGAUUAAGAAACGGCAAAAGAGUUUGGGUGUUCUUACCAAGAUUUCAGAACGUUGCAGAAGUUAGAAGAGCUUCACAAUUCCGUUGUGACAGCAUGCCCUAAUUCAGAACUACGAACGAUCCAAUGACGAUCCUUCGCGAUGCAGUGGUCUCAUGAAAUAAGGAAACGUAUUCGUGCUAGGAACACACGCGAAUUUCGGACGAAUGAAUCUUGCUUGUAUUUUGUAGAUAUAAUAAUACUUUGUUUCAUAAUAAACAAUUUGUCAAGUGUCAUUUAUUUACUGGUAAUAGUGCAUGUUUCAGUCGGGCAAAUCUUGAUUAAUAUUUGAUACGCCGAUUUUUGCAUAUUUCAGACACAUCCAGAAAUAUCCUCCCGAAUUUAAAGAUUAAUAUCUCCGUGAAUUUUUAAGUGAAAUACAACUGUAAUAUAUCAAAGUCUAAGUUAGUCCUUCCUCUAUUUGAUGCAAGUUAUUUCUCUUUAAAAGCUAUACUUGUUUAGAUGUUAUUACGAAUCAAACAGGAGUACUUUUUUUUGGGCCACCCGGUAUAAAAGGUCAACUGGAAAUGUUGUUUUACCGUAGUCGAGCGCGGGGCGGCGAGCGAAAUGGUGAAGUGGAAAACGAGCUUAAAUUGUCGAAGUCUUUUUUAAUACUGCUGUUCUGGAAAGCAACUUAAUUUUGGCUUGGAAAUAAAGAAACAAAUUAUUUAAUAUCUUUACAACAUUUACCGUUUAUUCAUUUGUGUCAUUCAGACUUAUUUCCCAGUGAAAACUGAACUGAAGGUCAUCGGACAUAUGUCCGACCCAAACUCAACGUCACCGGACAUUUUGUCAGACGGUCCUGUAAAAGAUAUUUUAAGGCCUGAUACUUUGUAGCUACAAACACUAGCUGGCUAUAAGAUAUGCCGAGAAUAGGCGCACUUUAUAGCCACAAACCCUGGCUAUAAGAUAUGCCGAGAACAGGUCAAGCCUGAAAAUAAAUUUCCAAGGGUGCCUGACAAAGUGUCAGGUACCAACUGAUUGGUGCCUGACACUGGACAUUUUGUGCUUGACAAAAAAUAUUAACGCAACAGAGCAAAUAUAAUUUUUUGUGAAAAGCUUAGUAACAACAAUUAUGCCACUACUCACUAGUCAAUGUACCUAUUACCUAAUGAACAAAAUUUUGAUCUAGACAAGUCUAGACAAAAGUUUCAUCACAGCUUGAAAGAGCAUCACAAAAUUAGUAAUAUUCCGAAGUUUCGUUGCGAAAUGUUGUAAAAUUCGGAUAAUAUAGCCCUGCGAAGUUUGCCGUUUUCCGCUUUCUGAAAAAAGGUAUCAAUUUCCCGCGCGUAUUACAAAAUGACUGAAAAACGGCAAACUUGGCCGGGGUAUAUUAUCCGCAUUUUACAACAUUUCGCAACGAAACUUUGGAAUAUUACUAAUUUUGUGAUGCUCUUUCAAGCUGUGAAUGUGAAGAAAUUUUUGUUUAGACUUGUCUAGAUCAAAAUUUUGUUCAUUAGGUAAUAGGUCCAUUAUACCAUACGGAAUCGAACAAUCAUAAAUUUCACAGCAUUUUCACAGGCAUAUUGUAUUUUUAAUGCCAGUUGUAAACAGUUUCACCAAUAGUUGUAUUAAUAUGCUGCCGGACAAACUGUCCGCCAAAAAAACAGUUGUGCCGGACAAUUACCUUUUCGUACCGGACAAUGUCCGUGACCGGCCGCUUAUUUUCAGGCUUGGAACAGGCGUACUUUAUGGCCACAACCAGUGGGUUUGAGGUAUGUGCCGAAAUCCGGCGUACUGUAUGGCCGCAAACCGUAAAAAAAGCGAGAUGGAUUUAUAUUUAAAUUGAUAUUAGUUAUUCAUAUUUUUGAUUUUCGCAUUUUUUAGGCUGACAGUGAUCAACCACUCAUAGAAAUAGAUGACUCCAUUACCAAGUUAGUAUUAGCCGUUUAACUUUUCUAUAUCUUCCAUUGUUCAAAUGCUUUGAAGAGGCGAGAACGAAGAGCCUCUUGUCCUAUCGAUUGAAAAUCCCACUUCCACACUUGAUUAGGUUCAGAAUUUGAAUCUCGUAUGUAAUUGGCCAUUUGUAAAAAGAUGUCAAACCGGUUUGAGAAAUAAACAUUACUGUAAGUUAAUUAUAGCCUGUAUUAAAAUAUUCUAUUAAACUCAACCAAGCAUGAAUAUUAAUACUCCUGUGAAAGAGGUAUCAAACUGAUUACUAUUAUGUUUAUCUCCUGAGAAAUUUGAUACCUUCUUCACAGGAGUAUUAAUAUUCAUGCUCGGUUGAGUUUAAUAGAAUAUUUUAAUACGGGCUAUAAUUAACUUGCAGUAAUGUUUAUCUCUCAAACCGGUUUGACAUAUUUUUACAAAUGGCCAAUCACAUGCGAGAUUCAAAUUCUGAACCUAAUCAAGUGUGGAAGUGGGAUUUGCAAUCGAUGUAACCGAGGCUCUCCGUUCUCGCCUCUCGUUUCUUUCACCUCGCAAAGAGCCUCUGGAACCAGGGUAAUGCUUUGUGAGUCUUCACCGAAACACCAUAUUAAUUUUGUUCGUUAUUAAAGUUAUUUUCUUGUUGCAGCAAUAUAACUUAUGUGGUGACACCUCUUGUACCUGGCGAUGGCGAUGCAAAUCUUUACAG